GGACGCCGGCGGGGCGCCGAGGCUGCUGUGAGAGGGCGCUCGAGGCUGCUGGAGAGCGAGCCAGCGAAGGAGGCGGGGAGGCGGCGGCCGCACUAGCUCGCCUGCUCGCUCUCUUCCCGGCGCCGCUGCUGGUCCGCCACUACGCUGCCUGCUUGCCUGCCGCUCAUUGCGCUCAGCCGGAGCAGUUGCCCAUCCGCCGGGUCCCGGCUGGGUUCGGGAGCCGUGCGCGCCGGCGGACACCGCGCUAGGGGCUAGCCGGCGCCACACCUGUGGAGCCGGCUGCCGUCGGGGGUGCCGGCCGGGGUCCCGCUGUGUGCGAGCUCUGGGCGGCGGGCCGCCCGGGCUCCGGGGGAGGCGCGUCCCCCGGCUGGGCGCCGCGGGCACCAUGGGGCUCCCGGCGCUCGAGUUCAGCGACUGCUGCCUCGACAGUCCUCACUUCCGAGAGACGCUCAAGUCGCAUGAAGCAGAACUGGACAAGACCAACAAAUUCAUCAAGGAACUCAUCAAGGACGGGAAGUCACUCAUCACCGCGCUCAAGAAUUUGUCUUCAGCAAAGCGGAAGUUUGCAGAUUCCUUAAAUGAAUUUAAAUUUCAGUGUAUUGGAGAUGCAGAGACAGAUGAUGAGAUGUGCAUAGCAAGGUCUUUGCAGGAGUUUGCCACUGUCCUCAGGAAUCUUGAAGAUGAACGGAUACGGAUGAUUGAAAAUGCCAGCGAGGUGCUCAUCACUCCCUUGGAGAAGUUUCGAAAGGAGCAAAUUGGAGCUGCCAAGGAAGCCAAAAAGAAGUAUGACAAAGAGACAGAGAAGUAUUGUGGCAUCUUAGAGAAACACUUGAAUUUAUCUUCCAAAAAGAAAGAAUCUCAGCUGCAGGAGGCAGACAGCCAAGUGGACCUGGUCCGGCAGCAUUUCUAUGAAGUAUCCCUGGAAUAUGUCUUCAAGGUGCAGGAAGUCCAAGAGAGAAAGAUGUUUGAGUUUGUGGAGCCUCUGCUGGCCUUCCUGCAAGGACUCUUUACUUUUUAUCACCAUGGUUAUGAACUGGCCAAGGAUUUCGGUGACUUCAAGACACAGUUGACCAUUAGCAUACAGAAUACAAGAAAUCGCUUUGAAGGUACCAGGUCAGAAGUGGAAUCAUUGAUGAAAAAGAUGAAGGAGAAUCCCCUUGAGCACAAGACCAUCAGUCCCUACACCAUGGAAGGAUACCUCUACGUUCAAGAGAAACGUCACUUUGGAACCUCUUGGGUGAAGCACUACUGUACAUACCAGCGGGAUUCCAAACAAAUCACUAUGGUACCAUUUGACCAAAAGUCAGGAGGAAAGGGGGGCGAAGAUGAAUCCGUCACCCUCAAAUCCUGCACACGGCGGAAAACAGACUCCAUUGAGAAGAGGUUUUGCUUUGAUGUAGAAGCAGUAGACAGGCCAGGGGUUAUUACCAUGCAGGCAUUGUCAGAAGAGGACCGGAGACUCUGGAUGGAAGCCAUGGAUGGCCGGGAACCUGUCUACAACUCGAACAAAGACAGUCAGACUGAAGGGACUGCACAGUUGGACAGCAUUGGCUUCAGCAUAAUCAGGAAAUGCAUCCAUGCUGUGGAAACCAGAGGGAUCAAUGAGCAAGGGUUGUACCGAAUCGUGGGGGUCAACUCCAGAGUGCAGAAACUGCUGAGUGUCCUGAUGGACCCCAAGACAGCUUCUGAGACAGAAAUAGAUAUCUGUGCUGACUGGGAGAUAAAGACCAUCACUAGUGCUCUGAAGACCUACCUAAGAAUGCUUCCAGGACCACUCAUGAUGUACCAGUUUCAAAGAAGUUUCAUCAAAGCAGCAAAGCUGGAGAACCAGGAAUCUCGGAUAUCUGAAAUCCACAGCCUCAUUCAUCGGCUCCCAGAGAAAAAUCGGCAGAUGUUACAGCUGCUCAUGAACCACUUGGCAAAUGUUGCUAACAACCACAAGCAGAAUUUGAUGACUGUGGCCAACCUUGGUGUCGUGUUUGGACCCACUCUGCUGCGGCCUCAGGAAGAAACAGUGGCAGCCAUCAUGGAUAUCAAAUUUCAGAACAUUGUCAUUGAGAUCCUGAUAGAAAACCAUGAAAAGAUAUUUAACACCGUACCUGAUAUGCCUCUCACCAAUGCCCAGCUGCACCUGUCUCGGAAGAAGAGCAGCGAUUCCAAGCCCCCGUCCUGCAGUGAGAGGCCCCUGACGCUAUUCCAUGCUGUGCAGUCCACAGAGAAACAGGAACAAAGGAACAGCAUCAUCAAUUCCAGUUUGGAAUCUGUCUCAUCAAAUCCAAACAGCGUCCUUAAUUCCAGCAGCAGCUUACAGCCCAACAUGAACUCCAGUGACCCAGACCUGGACGUGGUCAAACCCGCUCGGCCCAACUCACUCCCCCCGAAUCCAAGCCCAACUUCACCCCUCUCGCCAUCAUGGCCCAUGUUCUCGGCGCCAUCCAGCCCCGUGCCCACCUCAUCCACGCCCAGCGACUCAUCCCCCGUCAGGUCUGUUGCAGGGUUUGUUGGGUUUUCUGUUGCUGCCAUUGUCCUCUCAUUGGCUUGGUCCUCUCUUCAUGCAGUGUUCAGCCUCCUCGUCAACUUUGUUCCCUGCCAUCCAAACCUGCACUUGCUUUUUGACAGGCCAGAAGAAGCAGUUCGUGAAGACUCCAGCACACCGUUCCGGAAGGCAAAAGCCUUGUAUGCCUGCAAAGCUGAACAUGACUCAGAACUUUCGUUCACAGCAGGCACAGUCUUCGAUAAUGUUCGUCCGUCUCAGGAGCCUGGCUGGUUGGAGGGCACUCUGAAUGGAAAGACUGGCCUCAUCCCGGAGAACUACGUGGAGUUCCUCUAACCAUGGGCCCCAGCAGAACUGCUGAGCUUUACAUGGUAUCCAUGACAACUGCUGAGUCCAGUGUUGUAGGCCAUUUCUCUUUGCCACUGAGAAAUGCAGCGUGACUGAAUCUGUUGCUACCUGUGAACGCGAAUGUUUCUGUGAAGUCGGGUGUCACCUAUCUCCGUGAUCAUCUCAGCUGACACUUGGCAAUACUGCAAGAAACAGAAGUCAAUCAGCCGGGGAAGCCAUUUGAUUGUGGUAACCAAGAGAAGGCUCACAGAGCCCUUCUCUCAUGAGUACCCUAACUAGGGAGCACUCCUUUUGCUUCGACAGUCAUCCAAACCCCCAACCUUCUGAAAGAGGAAGUAAAGCCCCUGAAAGCACACUGCAUAGCUAAGUCUGCCAGGGCUGGAUGAAAAAAUCGGCACCGAGACCCAACUGGGUCCCUUGCUUUUGUUUACAUUAGACACUCUCCCCACCCCACCUCUAAAUACCUGAGACCCACAGUGCUGCAGGCAGCUGGGCCUCUCUCUUUGCACACAGGAUGAAGGGGGUUACAGCACUGCUUAUGUAAGAUCCAAUCUCUCACCACCUCUGAAGCAGCUCUUGGCCCAUCAUCAGUGCAAUUCAGUCCAGUCCGCCUCUCGUGCAAGGGAACACCUCCUCCCCCCCCACCACAUUUCCUCCUCCCCAGCUGGGAACUUCUCUGCCACCAAGGGUUGCUGUCACCUAGUAACCAUGGCAACCCAACCUACUCUAAAACCAAACCAAAAAAAAAGAAAGAAUAUUCUUUGCCUGAUACAUUUUUCUCUCCCCACCCCUCCACCCCCACCACCUUAGGUAGUUUUUUAAAGUGGGUUUUUAACCACCUGAAGCAGAAGAUCAAGGAAUUGGGGUGGUCUACUUAGGGCAGACAGGAUAGCAGAUGGGAACUGUUCCCUUUCUGAUGAAUUUCAACAGCAUCGGGAUAUAUUUGGAGCAAACUCUAGUAACCUCUGAGAUUAAAUUACAUAUAGGCUUAAUAUUUCUGUUCUUCCAUGAAACUAGUGUUUGCUUUCUAGCGGGUAAGAUGCUGCCUUCCCUUUGUCUGACAGGUUCCCCAUGUCCUGUGUCCACUCAGCCCUGUCCUACCCUUGCCUGCCUCUAACUCACCACUGACCCAGCCCCCUUGCACUGUGCGGGACUACUGACUAGAGCUGGGUAUGCUGGUGGUUUUCAAGGAUUAGUUCCUGGGCUAACCCCCUACGGGCUAUAGUUUAGAAGGAUAUCUGUGUUCACUGCCACUCAGAAAAAGGGAAUUCUCAGUCUUUCGAGGCAUGAGACUAACAUCCUAAGCUGUUGUGAUUCAGGAAGAUACUAGAAGGUUGGGGCAUGGAGGGUGGGAUGGGUGUCUAAUGAGAAAGGGAAUUUUCUGGUCAAAAGGGUCUGUGUGUUGUGGAAGGCUACCGCGGAUGGGGAAGUUCUGCCUGGACUUUAUAUCCACCUGUCCUUUAAAGAGUAGCACCAUCAGUGUCUUCCACAGGGAAUGUCCUUGCAAGGGUGACUCUGGUUAAAGCACAGACUGAGAGCCUGUCAUGCUCCCCAGGAGCCCCUCAGAUGGCAGCUCCAGAGUGUUUCCUGCUUCUGGAAUUCCUCACUGGGGAACUUCAAAGAAGAAACGAAAAACUUGAAUUGUGUUGCAUUACUGUACCUUUUACAUUUUUUUUGAAAAGAUAAACUUGUAAAUAGAGUGAUUUGAAAUACUAUAUGGUAAAGUUUUAUAUUUGAUAUUCUUUAAGCUAGUUGCUUUGAUUGUUGAACAGGCGGAUUUCAAAGGGAGAGAGAGGAGGCGAGGCUGCAGUGAGGGGCCUGGCAGGAGGCGGAGACAUUCCCAGGUGCUCACUUUCCGCUGGUUCAUCUCCGUGCUCAGUCUUUACCCACACGUGCUUUUCAUCAUUCUUUGGGCUUUGGGUUUGGAGCUGGAAAGAGCAUCAUCAGGCGUUGAGUUUUUCAAAGAAUUUUUACUUAGUAAGAUGAAGCUCAGGAUUUCGGUAGGUGGGGCCAGGGUUACAUUUUUAGUUUUUCUUCUCAGGUGUAUUUCUUGGCACCCCCAAGAUACAGGACAGGAGGCGGGACCAUUACUGUGCCACUUCCUUCUUUGCUUCACCUCUUCUAAGGCUUUAUAAUGAGGCCAAGCUAGUUUGCAAGCUUUGCGUGCAUCUCUAAGUUCUUAAAAAAACAAAAACAAAAAUUCCAGCUCUUUAUAAUCUUCAGUUCUUGAUGUGCUGCUGCUGCCCCUGCUCCUAGACUUGUUUAUUCCUUUCCCUUCUACCUCCAGGGUCCCUAAAACCCCCAAAUAAGAAAAAGUAUCCCAGAGGAAUGUACAUGGUGCCAUUACAGCUUUAAAGAUGGCUUUAAAGUUACCAGGGGUUCGUCACUGCGAUUCACUGCUCCGUCUUGUCAGCCUGAGGAUUUCACAGCUGUUACCCAGGAAUUCACUGAGGAGCAAGCAAAACGUUACUGUCAAAUCAGGGAACAAGAAUUAAGAAUGGGCAAGACCAGGAUAGGACUCCAAAGAGCUAUUGUUCAAAACUUAAUAAGAAAGGGCAUGUAUUCAUAGAGUGGACUUAGUCCCUCUGCGCGUGGGAGCAGCAAGUUAGGAAAGGGGCCUAUGGGCAUGUGUGUUCAUCUACCAUGGAAUUUCCCAAUUAGAAAGAGCCAACAUGCUUCUUUAACAUACUCAACAUUUGAAGUUGUCAUCUGCCCCAUCAAAAGCCCACCUGGAGCUCAUGGAGAGGAACAGAAGGCCAAGACCCUUGCUUUGGGAGGUUCCUCACUGAAGCGUGCCCGUAACACUGGGCCCCUCCCUCUCGAGUUAGCCCUGUUUAGAAGCCAGAGGGAAACAGAGCUGCUACCAAUGGCAUCUUUUAGAUAGACCCCUUUGCAGCUUCCCUGUGGCCAUGCUGGGCCUGUGACGGGUGGCGGCUCUGCCUCCCUUUGCUCAGCCAACCUCCCUUCCUCCCACUUUAGCUACAGAACUGGAGAAACUGUUCUGAAUAUGAGCCAACAAGUCUGAAGGAACUUAAAGAGUAAAAAUAGACUUUAUUCUCUCCACUAUCCAAUCCCCCAGCUGCAUCUCUCUGCUUUAACAGGGAACUUUAGGGAAAAUUAGAAUGAAGUAGGUAUCAGAAUGGAAGACCAUUGACCAGGAUCCCCGGGCUUUCCCGAAAGCCUCAUGUUUCCUUCGCAAGGCCCAGAGGUCAGGUAGCCAAAGCCUGAAUCUUUUAGGAGUAUGAAGAUUUUUCUGUCCUUCGGGUUACUCUCUGAGUUCCAUAGCUAUAGAAUGCCAUGCCACGCAGAGAUAACUGGUUUCAAAUCCUUGCCCCAUGGCAGUAAAAUUGUGACUUGCUCAAGACUGCAGACAAUCUCUCCUGAGCCUCCAAGUGAGCACAGAGGGUGGACCCUGUACAGUGUAGCCUUCCUUCACGUCCUAGAACUGGAGCCAGCUUGUAGCUUAGUGUUUUUAGGGUUUCUACAGCCAAUAUGUGUUUUCUUAUGUCAGAACAAACCGUCUUUUCAACAUCAUUUCAGUUCAUCUCUUCUUGCUGAGUGCUUUUUGGACCGAGAAGCAAAGAGAAAGAGAAAAUGAGCAAUCAAGUAUUGACAGACUGCCAUUCGCAGACAGAGCCCUGCUGGUGGCAGGGUCGUUUCAGGCGAUCGCCCAAGACUCCAGGGUUGUGUGUGCCAUCCCCAUGGUGUGAAGGGAAGUCUUUCUAUCAGCGAGUUUGUGUCUCCUGAAACUGGCAGCCCCAUUCACACUGAAAGUUCUGUCUUGACUGCAGAGGUUCCCGAAGCUUCUGUGAAUGAGGAGGGUAAAGAGACAGGAAGAAGCAGCCAAAGAGAGACGGAUUCCCGACUGUCUAUUCGUACCUUUCAUCUCAUUUCUGCUUCCAGAAGCAAGUCUGGAUCUCUGAGUUUUAUAAACAGAACUUUUAGGUGCAGCAGUGGCCACGAUGGCACCCAGAGUUUGCCCGGGUAUAGAAUGUUUUAUGAGCAGCCAAGUCAACUUGGGUGACCAGUACGGGGAAACAGCCUCUAAGCUGCCUGACUUUAAAAGGAAUGUCCUAGGCGCUCUGUCUGAGGAGUUAUCGCUCAUCUCUGGCAAACCUGACACCCAUCAAUUUCCUUGAAACCCUCCCCACAUCCCUUUAAAGACAGCAGGAUGUCCCCUCGCCCACCCCAUGCUGGUGUUUCAGAAAUGCGUCUGGUCGUGCUUAAUGUAUUUGGCAGCCACACUCAUCUGCUGGGUGCUGCACCCCUUCUCUGUAAAUGUGACGUCAGAAUGACAGCAGCAGCAGAGCAGUGAGCCUUGCACAAUCCUGCAGGGUGUCUGAGACAAGCCUCCAACUAGUAAUAAGUAACUUUUUGCCUUUUGCUGACUGCAUUACUUGUCUAACUAAAGAGCUUCCCAAAGUAGAGGGGAAGGCCCUGUAGAGAAUCCACGUGUCAGUCAGAGCCAGCCCUUGCUGAAGCGCCUGUAUGCCUGGGAGAAAAAGUGUUAGGUGUAAAGAACACAGGGCCAGAGAGAAAAGGAAGGUGAACCAACCAUAUUGAGGAACUUGGGAUUUUUCUUUUUUUUUAAGAGGGAUAAAUAUUCUUAACAGGGAGAAAACUCACAGGAAAAAUUCACAACUAACAUUUUUAAUCAAGUUUUGCAGGACAUUACAAAAUGAAAACAAAUGGAAAACAUCAAGGUAGAGUGCUUUAGACAGCAAAGACUCAGCACAGCCCCAGACCUAUGGUAGCAAGUGCUGUUAUGUCAAAAUUCACUUUAGUGGGGUCAAUAAGAACCAGAGUAUUAAUAACCAAAAUGUCAAAGUUACCUGGGGCAGUCCUAGAGAGGCUAAGACAUUCUACACUAUUCUACAUAAACUAUUUCUACACAGUCAUCUAAACAGACGUUUUCAAGCAGCUUUCUUGUAUCCAGAUGGCAGAACCAAGCUUGUAUCUGAAAAUAUACACUGAUGAUUCCAAAGUAGAUAUGUAUGAAUGUGUGUGUACAGCACAUAUUUACAUAAAGACACAGACUCUUACAGAAACCCAAAUGAGCUGUUGGUCAAUGGGAGUUAUAGCCUUCAGGAUUUGGAGGUUGAGAAUUAGAGGACAGAGGCUGUUGAUUGCCAUCAACAUGAUCAAAGAUGUAAAUUAAGUGCCAUUUUAAAACUGUGUUCAUAGUUACCAAUGGUUACUAUUUGCAACUACAUUCCCUGUUAACUUAUUUAAAGUCAUGUUGAAAAAAAAGAUCCAACCCAUAAAUGCUUAGUAGGUAAUGCUAGGCUAGUGUUCAAAAGCACUCUAAAAGACACUUUGUCCAUACUUUGGAAAAGAAAAUAUUUGCAUGUUUAAUUCAUAAUUUAGGCUACCUUUGAGUAUACUGUAAAGUGCUGUGUGAUAUAUCAAUAAAGUACUUCUAAAAUGGCACUUUAAUGUUUUCUUUUAAAAAAUCAUAAAUAAUGCACUGUUUUAAACUUCAGUAUUGACUCUUGACUGGUGCAUAGAAUCCAAUUCCCUAAUUAAAAAGUAAUCUGUGACUAGAAUAGAACUCCUUCCCUGUAAUUAGAAAACAGUUUUGCCACGUCCAGGCUUUUUAAAAUAUGUGCUUUUGUGUCACUAAAUAUAUCUAUAAAGAAAAUACAGUUUCUGUCGAGUGGCCUCUGAAACUUGGCUUUCUUAUAUUUAGUUGGUUUGUGACAAUCCCCAUGAAUGAGUGGAAAUAUGAUUUUUGAAUUAAAUGACUUUUCCAUUUGGUGGUA